CUCACGAUAUGAUUACUUAGAAUCAGUGACGACUACAAAGUUCAAGUCUAUAACGGACAACAGUACAACACUACAACUUCCAGGUGCUGUGAUUUGAACUUACUGUUAUUGCUACAGUUAUGCAGUAAUAGAUUACUUUUGGAUAAAUGGAAGCUGACUGACUUUUGUAUUUAGUUCGACGUACGACAAACAUUCGAUCUCCGAACUCUGAGUUCAUAGGUACGAAUUAUACAUUUUUGUACUUCUGAAUUCGGAGUUCAUUCGGCAAUCAUACAAGUUACAUUAACUUAACGUGACUUAAAUCAAUCAUUAUUAUUAUUAUUUAGCCAAUUCAGAACCGUGUAUAAUUACGAUUAUGUCGUGUCCAAUUACGUAUCCUCGUCAAAUAUUGCAACGAGUCAGUGACCGUAAAAAAAGAAAACUAGCGAUUGACGAUUCUGAUGAAAUAGCAUUAGACCGUAAUUUAGAUUUGUUCGUAGAUUCUGAGUUACAAGUGAUCGAAGAUUCCCAAACAUCGUUGAAGGGGCAUAGAGACUUGUUUGGUGAACUUAUACCGCAAGAUGAGUUUGUCAGUAAUACAGAAGCUAAAAAAAAAUCAAAUAAAAAGACGACAGUAUCAAAGAAAAAGAAACAAUCCGAUGAAGAAAUUAUGAUUGAUAGUCCAAUAUUAAGACCAAAAAGGGUGUUUAUUCCUACCCCAAAAUUCAUGAAAUUAAUGAAGGAGGCGCAAACAGAAUUGUACUCCUUAAUGGGUGUAAAUAAGAGUUCAAGUGACAUUUCAGUUGUAACAAGUGAUACUCUUAAUGUCAGUGGAAUACAAAAUUUAGAAGACAGUCCUAUAAAAAGUAUAAGAAAUGAGCCUAAGACAAAUUCAAAGAAUAAUGAUAAUGAUAAGGAAUCUCGACAAAUUCUUGAAGGAGUUGUAGCAUUUGUAGAUUACAAAAUUGACAACGAUCGUAGAGCUUCAAGCAUUAUUCAAUGCCUCAUUGAGAUGGGUGCCAAAAUUGAAAAAACAUUUAACCAAAAAGUUACCCAUGUGAUGUUUUGUGAUGGCUACCGUAGUACAUAUAAAAAAGCAAUCAAACGUAACAUCCCACUAGUGUCAGCAAGAUGGAUGGAGUACAGUAAAUUAGCUAAUAAGAUGUUGGAACCAAAAGACUAUCCACCUGUUGAUUUGGAAAAAUACACAAAAAAGACACCAGUAAAAAAUAUUAAUAUUCCAGUAAGCCAAACAUAUAAAAAAUUUUUAAGACCAAGUAAUAUUGAACGUGACCAGAUAUUCAAAUCCAGAUGUGAUCAAAUUAUGGAAAGAUUUAACAACUUAAAUGUGAACCAGAAUAAUGAAAAUAAAGACUGUCUUAUUGUUGAGUCCCCCCCAAAAAAAACUGUAAACAAACUAGAUGGUCCUUAUGAAACAAAUGAUAUUGUCAAUAUGUUAUCUGAUCAACUAUGUAAAGUAUUAAACAAAAUUGAUAGUCCAGUACCAGAUGAUCAAAUUGAUGAGCUAUAUAUACCAAUGUCACUUAAAGUAUUGAGAAAAUAUCUCACACCUAAUGGAAAGGAGAAUACAAAUUGUACAGAACUAGAAAGUGAACUAGCUAAAAUUGAAGAUCGGUUAAAUUUAAAUUCCCAAGCUAGACAACGAUUUCGUAAGCUAUUAUUUCCUUCCGACAAGAACUUAAAUAACGUAAGCAAUGUCAGUGAUUUUCCAUCUCCAUCACCUGAAAAAUUGAGAAUAAGCGCUCCAUCAAGAUUAAUUAGUACAAAAAAACGGAAAACAUUGAUUGAUAUCAAUACCAAUACCAAAAACUUAAACAGUAAUAAAAUAACUCCACUACAAAAAAAUGCUAAAAUUAAUUCCUUGAAGUGGGAAAUACCUUCAGAUCUGCGUCCGAAAAAAUCUAAAAAAAUCACUGUUCAAAAAGUAAAAAGUGUGAAAAUGACUCAAACCAAAGACACUGUUUCUAGUUUAAUGUCCAGAAAUUCUUCUUCAAUUUUCCAGACACCAAAAGCAUCUUUAGCUAGCCCUGUAGUGUUAAAAUCAAUUGCAUGUAGUGGAAUGACAAAAAGUGAAACAAACAUUUUAAAGUCAUGUAUACAAGACUUAGGAACAUUUAUUUUUCAUCCUAAGGUGGAACCUUCGACCACUUAUUUAAUUACCAAAUCACAACCAAAACGAACGUUAAAUAUUGUAUUUGCAAUGGCCUAUGGAUGUUUCAUUGUUUCUGAAGAUUGGGUACACAAUUCACACAAAAUUGGCAGAUGGUUAUCUCAUCAUCAAUAUUUGAUCUCAGAUUUAUCUGAACGUGUCAAAGAAUUUCAAUUACGUCGCCAUACAUUUGGGUCAUUAAUGACAUUUAAUAUUUUUGAUAACGUUGGCAGGAUAUACAUUUCAAAUACCUGUGAGCCCCAUGCUAAACUCUUAAGACGACUGGUGCGUGCGUGUGGCGGCCAUUGUACAAGCGCUGAGACUAAAGCCAAUGUAGUAGUUGGUUAUACACCACAAAUGAUUGAUAAUAUUCAUGAAAAAUGGAUUUUGGAUUGCAUAACCCAAGGGACAUUGCUAAAUAAAAAUCUAUAUAUGAUAGUUAAUACUAAUGAGUAAUGAUAUGACCUGAAAUAGUUUUCAUGUGUUCUAAAUACAAUUUUUUUUUUUUGUGUUUAUUCUAAAAACUAAUCUUUAUUUCUUUGAAAAUUAUUACUAUUUCACAUUACAAUGUUUUAAUAUCUUCUUAUCACAAAACAUUCUAAUGAAGUCAAUGUGUUUAGGGUUGUCUAUUUUUAUAUCUGUUUUCUUUUUAUUUUAAAUAGUAUUAAUUAUUUAGUUUAAUAUUAAAAUCUUCCUUAAAGCAACUUUUCUUAUUUUUGACUACUGUAUUAUUAAGUAAUUAUUAUAUAAAAAAAAAACCAUAGCACGUUAUUCAAUAUUUUUCCUCUACAAGAAAAAUCUAUAAAUUAUAUGCAUGUUUUUGUUAAUAUGUAACCAUGACAACCAAAUCAGUUAGAAAAAAAAAAUAUCCAUUCUAAAAACAUACAUGUUAAAGGUGAAUCAAUCUCGGUAUGACUAUACUUUAUUCCAAAUAAGAUCAAGCUUUGGCGGCGACCAGUUUUUGUUCCUCAGCGGUCAGACGCUGUCCUCACUACUGCGGCAGAUCAGGCACUGCCACCGGAACAAAGCCACGCCCAUACGCACACACGGCCGCCAAAGCCUGAUCUUAGUUGGAAUAUAGUAUAUAUAGGUUUUAUAUUUUUAAUUUUAUUAUAUACUAGUUAUUUCUUGUAGCUUCAAUAUAAUGUCAGUUAGUUUUGUUAUGAGGUAGUAAGGAAGCUAGUAUAGUACUGUGUUGAACUGUUGAAGAACAUUAAUACCAAGUUUCAAGUAAAUUUUACCACAAACAUAUUAUUUCCCAUACAAAGUUUACCACCCCCUUCCACCUCUCCAAUGGUUGAAUUUCUAGAAAAUAACUUCUCCGAGUUUCAAAUUUUUACCCUCGCAGUUAUCUUUCAGACCGUAAGUUUAGUGUGGUUAUUUAAUUUCACCCCUUGAAAGUACUUUUAUUAUUGUCUUUCCUAAUCUGAAAUAUUUUAAUUCAUAAAAAAAUAAUUGAUUAACAUUGAAAAUAGUAAAGAUCUUAAAAAGUACUUAAAAUUAAGUAUGUUUAAACAUGCAAUCCUCGCCUAAGAAAAAAAAUGUCAUUUACAACUUUACAUUCAACCAGUUUUACUGUAAACUAAAACCUUAAUAGUUGGGUAACCAAAAAGUGAGGUAACAAGUCAAAUAAAUAGUUUUAAAAAUAAAUUACAUUUUAGAUAUUAUGUAUUAAUAUCUACCUAAACUAAAAUUAAUACAUUUUAUGAUUUAGUAGUGUUUAAAAUGUUGGCUUUGAAUUGUAAAAAAAUAUUUUUAUGUAAAUUAUAGCUUUUUUUUUAUCAUUUUCUAUUAUUAAUAUAUUUUUUAAUUGUCUCUUCUUAUAUUCAUACAUUUAUUGUACUUUAAAAUGUAUUAUUUUUGUAACUAAUAAAUAUCUAUAUUUUCAUAA